CACAAACGCUCAUAGACCAUGGAAGUGGAUACGGAGCCCGUACCAGGGACGCCCUUGCACGAGGACCCCAGCGGUGGACUAGAUAGCGAUGACGAGACGCUAAGAUUCGAUAAAGAUGACGAUCUCUACGCGGAAGACCUCGACGAGGAAGACGCACGAUGGGUUAGGAAACAGCAUCUCCCAGCCACCGAGUGCGAAGCAGAAGCAGAAGACGGAAACCCCCCUGCCGGCGUCAAAAACAAGAUCGGAAAAGGCGAGGCAAUCAACGACGACAAGGAGAUCCACGAGGACGAAAUCGCCGAGGAUCAACCGCCAACAAUCUCCGACAGCGAUAUCGGCGAUGGACGGCCCCCAGCGGGAGCGCAGAAGAGGCAACAGGGGGGCAGCAGCAAUAACCAGCGGAGGGCAAUGGGCGUGGCUAGCGACGCCCAGCUUAGCUGCCCCCUGUGCUUUACCACGGUGUGCUUGGAGUGCCAGCGGCACGCUAAGUACUACAACCAGUUUCGUGCGGUCACGGGGAUUAACGUCAACAUCAACUACGACGUGUUCCUGACGCUCGACGACGUAUCGGAAGGCGGCAGCGUGCAGAGAAAGGGGCGGCGCAAAGGCCACGGUAAAACGCCAGCAGUCGCAUCAGUUCCACGAGAUAGUGGUGGUGGCGUGGACCGCCAGAAUCAAACCGCGCAAGUCGAUGCCGAGGGUGGAGAGGAAGAGCAAGAGAUGUUCCACCCUGUUUCCUGCGGGGAGUGCGAUCACCGUGUGGGAGUUUACGACGUGGACGAAGUUUUCCACUUCUUUGGCGUCGUUGCCUCGGGGUAGUAAGCGCAUUUCCACCAGUACGUAACGCGGGCUGGGCUUCUUUUGUGUUGGUAUGGACAAUUAUACGAAGUGUCAGCUGUAAGCCUGUUUUAUCAAGGCCGCAAGAUACAAGAUGUACCUAUUCUAGGUUUCGACGCCUGCCGCUGCGCUCGUUUUUUGUCUUCUUGUCAUAUCUGGCACGGAUGGGUCUCCCCCGUGUGUACACUUUGCGAUAAGGCUUGCCGAAGUCGAUGUUUCUUUUCACGAUUGCCAUAUGUUCUCUCAUCUUUGUGUGUGCUUCGAAGGAUGCCCCGCAACUGGAGCAACGAUUUCAGGUUCUGCUGUCUAGUGCUGCGAGUAGCACAGGUAUUCGCUGGCAGCAACACCCAGGAGGGAUGUUGGUUUGGGGGGUCGUGAUUUUUUCUGUUGAAAGCGUUUUGACGUAGGGGGUUGCAUCGUACGAAUGUUAUUUAAGGCUUGGGGCACGAUAUAAUUCCAAUUUCAUAAAAACUCGCUUAGGGACCGCGUGUACUCUGCUUCAU